CCCCCAUCUUCACGUCGGAGUCCCACUGCACUGCUGUUCUAAUAAAUGCAAGAGAAAUUUAGGAAGUGUCAGAUUGUCAAAAUAGCAUAAUCAAAUUAUGUAAACAUUCUCUCUUGGAUUUCAGCUGUGUUAUCUCAUUGCGAUAGGACUUAUCGUCUAUUAAACCUCUUGCAGUCUUUACCGCUUGCUUUACUUGGAAGAGAAAAAAUGACAGGUAAACCAGAAAAAAAUGAUUACAUUGAAGAAGUCGUUUGCAAUGAAGAAGAUAUCAAAGAAAAUGAAAUGAAAAUAUUAUCGCUUGGGGAAGAUGGUGGAAAGAUUUUACUAAUCAAACAAAAAGGAGAACUACAUGCGAUUGGAACAAAAUGCACCCAUUAUGGAGCACUUUUGCAUACUGGAGCAUUAGGAGAAGGAAGAGUAAGAUGCCCAUGGCAUGGAGCCUGUUUCAGUAUUAAAACUGGCGACAUAGAAGAUUACCCUGGAUUGGAUUCCUUGCCGUGUUACCAAGUAAAAGUGAAUGACAAAGGUCACGUGCGUGUGCGGGCUCAACGUAAAUAUCUAGAAGCCAAUAAACGCAUAAAGGAGAUUUGUUCCUUCAAUCUUGAAAACUCAAAUACUGCAGUUAUCGUGGGUGGUGGUCCAGCAGGGGCAACCUGUGCAGAAAGUUUACGCCAGGAAGGCUUCACUGGACGUAUAAUAAUGAUCUGUAAAGAAAAAUCUUUACCUUAUGAUCGAGUUAAAGUGUCAAAAUCUAUGGAUUUGAACGUGAAAAAUAUUCUCUUAAGGCCUCAGAUAUUCUACGAUGAGUGUAAAAUAGAAACGCGUCUCGGUAUAGAAGCAACGAACUUGGACACUGAGCGUAAAGUUCUAACAUUGAGUAAAGAAGAGGAAAUUAAUUAUGUACAUUUAUUUAUUGCAACUGGUUGCAGACCUAGAUUCCCCGAUACUCCUGGUGUGGAUUUAAAAAAUAUUUUUGUACUACGAAAUUACACUGACGCAAAUGGUGUUCAUAAAGCGCUCUCUCCUAAUAAGAAUGUUGUAAUUCUGGGGACGAGUUUCAUUGGCAUGGAAGCAGCAGCUUUCUGUCUUGGUAAAUGUGCUUCUCUUACAGUGAUCGGAAGAGAAUCGCUGCCUCUGGAAGCAAUUUUCGGGGAUGAAAUUGGAAAGAGAGUAAAGCAAGAAUUUGAAUCUAAAGGUAUAAAAUUCAUAUUUAAGAACAGUAUUGAGAAAUUCCUACCGAAGGCGAAUGAUGAUAAAGUUCUGAGCCAAAUUAAACUGCAAGAUGGUACUACUUUACCUGCUGAUAUUGCAAUAUUAGGUAUUGGUUCCUUUUAUAAUACCGACUGGCUUAAAGCCUCUUCUAUUAAAAUGUUGGAUAACGGGACUGUGAAAGUGGAUAAGCACCUAAAAACGAAUAUAGAAAACAUUUAUGCGGGAGGUGACAUAGCAUUCGCUCCACUGAAUAUUUUUGAUGAUUCUGCUGCGAUAGGGCAUUACUCUUUGGCACACUAUCAUGGAAAGAUCGCUGCUUUGAACAUUUGCAGAAAGGAGACUGUACUAAAUUCCGUUCCAUUUUUCUGGACCACUUUAUUUGGAAAAAGCUACCGAUAUGCAGGGUACGGACGUCCAACGAGUAUGAAAGUACAUGGAUCCUUAGAAGACUUCAAGUUCUUCGCUUACUAUUUCAAAGAUGGUAAAGUAAUAGCGAUGAGCAGCGUUGGCAGAGAUCCAAUAGUCUCUGACUUUGCAAAUUUACUUAACGAAGGCAGGCUUUUGACACAGGAGGAAGUGGAGAAAUGUCCUACAGAGUGGAUGAGGAGCAAACCUAAAGACAUGCUUCUAUUUUCUCAACCUGAGAAAACAAGCGUUCCUCUUUCUGAAGCAAAUUCGUAAGACUUUUUUAAACUGAAUCUUAAAUUCGUACUUACUAUACUCUCGUCAAAAUCGUAAAAAGAUCAUUCAAGUUAAUAGAAUUAUUUCUAAGAGCACACUAGUUACCUCAUACACUGUUUGAACUACUACUGAUGAUCAAUGAGUUGGUGUGUCAUCAGAAAACCUGUAUAAAUAAACUCCAGUUUACGAUGUAAUAACUAAAAAUAAGAUUAUACUUA